AUGGCAGCAACACGCCUUCGCCGCACCUUCCAAUACCCCUCCGAAUCCGACGACGAAGACGCUGUAGAGCAGGGCAUGGACGAGCAAGCGAGCUUCUUGGCGACGGCGUACACACUUUACUUUCUCCCCCUCCCACCCAUCAAGCCCGGUAUCCUCGAAACUCCAGAUCCAGGCACCGCACGCAACAAAGGGAAGGCGAUAAACAGAGGGAGCUACGGAUACAACGUUGUGUCCACACCGGAGCAAGCGGCGACUACAGGAAGGAUACAAACACCAUAUAUAUCUGAGGAAAUCGCGGAUUUGCUGGCGCAAUACAUUGUCCCUAUGAAUGCGGCGGUAUGUGGGAUUUUAGCUGUACAUGAGUUGUGGCAGCGCCGAGCAUGGAGCGAAGGGAUGAUGAUCGGGGGCGGAUACCUACCAGGUCUGAUCUUGACAACAAUAUUGUGGGCAAGGCGGGAACUGAGGGUUAUGGAUUUAGGGGAGUUAGAGCGCUUGCGGUAUCGCUCAAAAGGAAUAUGA